AUGAAGUUUUAUGGCCAGUUGAAGGAGUUCUCCGACGCUGUGACUGGCUUGGAGACUACUUCGGAUUUUGAUGUGGCGCGCCUAUCUUUCGAAGGCUAUUGGAAAGAUGCUUACGAAAAGCUUCAGGAUGAAGAUCCAAAACUGGUGGAGAGCUACAGGAAGAUUCUCCUGCAACAGAUAGCCGAGAGGGAUGAAACGCCUUCGGGCACAAAUAACGAUCCUGUACUCGAAGAAUUUAUCAAAACACGACUUCAAGAGAUAGAGAAGACUCAGCUCAAAUUGGAGAUAUCCGGAAGAGAGAUUGUAGCUCGAGAGCAAGUUCGCCGCAUCAUGAACGCCAUUCUUUCAGUCAAAGAUUUCAUUUCGACAGCGGUCAGCUCAGAGCCACAUGCUGCUUUGGCCUGGGCAGGAAUCUUAGUUCUCAUGAACCCUAUCGUCAGAUCAAGCACCCAGGGCGAUGAUGCUAUGGACUGCUUCGAAAAGAUCUCAAAAUUAAUGGUCGUGUACAGAGUCGUGGAAUCUACUCCUAUCGCCUCAUCGCCAAGAGCAGGCUCAGACCAAGCUGAGCCUUUGAGUGACCUUGCAUCAUCGAUCAAAACACAAAUGAUCACACUCUACUCUCAGAUUCUCAAAUACCAUAUACGGCUUUCAAAACAUUUGAACGAGUCAGGAUUCCUCCGAUUUGUCGAAGAUUUUGGCUGGGACCGAUGA